UGUGAAGGUAAAAAUUUGAAAAGAUGAGGUUAAUUCACGGUUUAGGCAUCGACAUGACAUGAUUAGCAAAACGAAAAAACCGACUUGGGUGGAGUGUGUGUUGGUUUCAUUUGUGGUAGUGAAAAUGGAAUGGAAGCUCCAAUGUCCAAUCCAAUGAUAGAUAGCAUGUAACAUACUGAUUUUUUGUCUGUGUUUGUGAUGCUUAGUGGAACAGCCAACCCUAUUCAUCAAUCUCCGGAUUGCACCAAUGUCCACCACAAUUCCCUUCUCUCUUCCCCUCCUGCAAAAUUCUAGGUUUUCCCUUUUCAAUUCACCCUCAUCUCCUAUUCCAUCUCAAUCAUUAUUCACCUUUCCUACAACCAAAUGGAGGCUUUUGUGUUUUAGGCAUGAAAACGUUUCAUCAGAAAGCAAUGGCUCCGAGUCCGUAGAAGAUAAAUUGUCAGAAGAUUUGGUGAAGCUCAAAGGUGACCAGUCCAAAGACUUGAAAAAGGAUUGGCUUACAACUAUCUAUACGGUCAUCACUGUUGUUCGUGGUGUGGAACCCUGGACAGUUCCUUGGACUGCAAAGACCAUUGUUCAGGUUAUGCUCCUUUGGAUUGCCUCAUUUUGGUUGGUAGGAUCUUGGAUAGUUCCAGUUUUAGCGUACACAGCAGGGUUCAGAAAGGAAUCUCUUACAUACAGAGGGCAAGCAUUGUACAGCCUCUUGACUGAUGUUGCUGAAGGUGUGGUUGGGAUAGCAAUACUUCAUCGUUGUCUUGCAAAGUUUCAACCACUUUCAUCUGACUGGUUCAAAUUUGAACUCAAAGGGAAGUGGCAGUUUGAUGUUGGUUUAGGCUGCCUCAUGUUCCCCCUUAUCAAUCAGCUAUCUCAGAUGAACCUAAAGUUGUUGCCCAUUCUUCAAUAUACUCCAGUUACCGUUUCAAGUGUAGAGCAAUCAAUUUUUGCGCGUGACCCUGUGGCAAUGGCCCUCUAUGCAAUGGUAGUCUCAGUUUGUGCCCCAAUAUGGGAGGAGAUUGUCUUCCGCGGUUUCCUUCUCCCAUCUUUAACCAAGUACAUGCCUGUAUGGAGUGCAAUAUUAGUUAGCUCAGUAGCUUUUGCCUUGGCACAUUUUAACAUUCAGAGGAUGCUGCCACUUGUAUUUCUUGGAAUAGUGAUGGGUGCUGUCUUUGUACGCACUAGGAACCUCUUGCCAUCAAUGUUGUUGCAUAGUCUGUGGAAUGCUUUUGUAUUUCUGGAUCUGAUGAAAUAAAAAAAAAAAAAAAAAAAAGAAGGUUUUUCAC